UCACAGCGAAUCGAAUGAAAUAGAGGCCACAGGAUAUAAAAUGUAGACGGCGAUUUUCCUCUGAAUGGCAACACAGAAUGGCAACACAGACGGGAAGACGGAAUGCACAGACGGAGGGAGACAUGGAAUGCACUCACUCGUACAUACCUGCCUCACGUCUCUGCUGCUCGGCAACUCGACUGUCGCACAUCACACACAUAACAAAAUAGCGUCUGUGUGUGUGGGUGAUGAAGGAGAGGGAGUACCUGGUCAUCGUGACGUUGGGUCAGCCCGAAAGAUACGUGAGAGACGGCGGGACGGCUCCUUGUCGAUCGACGUGAGAGACUCACGCAUGCACGGGAACAAGCAGCAACUUGAAUACGGCGCCUUGGCCGUGGGGUGGGGGCCGCUCGUCACUGUGUAGGCCACCUGACGAAGGUCGCCACACAUACCAGGUGUCGCGUGUGUGGGUGGUCUGGUUGGUCUGGUCUGUGUUUGUAUUCAGGCGGUGUCUGCUCACCACCGGGGUAACCUUGCGGUCCUUCGUCACCUAGAGAAAGAGAGAAAGAAAGGAAGGAAGGAAGGAAGAACACUCGAGACAGAGGCAUGGCAAUGUCCGGCGCAUAUACACGUGCAUCAGCGUGUGUACCUGCAUUCGCAUCACCAUGGGGGGCUGGCUUGUGUUGAGCGUCGAAAACUGCACAAAUGUAGACAGGCAGAAUGAUUGGUGUAGCACCGAAAACUGCACAAAUGCGGCCAGGCAGAAUGGCGUUGGGCGUAGCGUACCUGGCUCUCCAGUAGCGAGAAGGUGGAUCCAUGGUGAACGAAGGAAUUGCGGCCGAAUUUGUCCUGAAUACGUCCAAGUAGUAACAGCCACAAAGCAGUCCUGUGUUGUGGUGAUGCUUCCACAGAUGUACACACACCGUGAUGGCGGUGCUCUCCCAAGAUGCCUGCAUCACACAACAGGAUCGGCACGUGUGUUAUGGUUGCGUAGGCGGGCGGGGUGUGCCAAUGUGUAUACCCGUCGUGCUUCUGCCUCCUUCUUCUUCUCGUCGCCGGCUGCAGUGUUAUAAACACACACAGAGAGAUGAGUCUGUGUCGUGCCGCGUUUGCUUGUAAGCAUAUACCCUCUCUGGCCAUGCGCUGCUGCUGCUGCUCCUGCUCCUCCCUCUGCCGCUGCUCCUGCUCCUCCCUCUGCCGCUGGUCCUCCUCCUCCUUCUCUCUCCUCUCUCUCUCCAUGUCCUCCGCGCGCCUGGCCUCUGCAGAGAGAAUCAAGACCAUGUGUGUGGGAAAGAGGGUGCGUCCGUCUUGUUAUUCUCUCACGUACCCCUCUCCUCCAU